GACAGCAACGAGUUGUUAGCUUUCUUGUUGGACUGUAUUUUAUGUCGCAAUUCCUCCUCUAAAACCUCUGAAACCGGCCUUUUUGUAGGCUAUAGAGGGACAGGGUAAUGGGGAAGUGUUGUUCUGUCUGUGAGCAUAAUUCUAGUAGAGAAAGGGAUUUGGAAAGUCUGCCACAACAGACAACAACAUCCCUUACUUCAAACCAACUUCACUCAAGCGGCUCACAACACAAACCGAAACUGGCCAAAUCCUCAGAGAAAGGUUUCUUCGCCCGGCCUGGGAACGGCUCUCAUGAUAUUCUAAGGACUAUUGCUUAUCCUAAACAAGAACUAGAUGAAACAAAGAUUCUCUCGUUGUUCUCAAAGUAUAAAGACGACACCGAGGACGCGAUCCUAGCUGAUGGAAUGGAAAAAUUUUGUCAAGACUUGGGAGUAGAUCCCACGGCGUUUGUAGUUUUAGUGCUUGCUUGGAAGUUCAAUGCAUCUCAGAUGUGUAGGUUUACUAAGGAGGAGUUUAUUAAUGGUUGCAAAGAAGUUAGGGCAGACUCAAUUAAAGGGUUGCAAAAUAAAUUACCCGAGCUUGAGGAUGAAGUCGUCGGCGAUACCGAAAAAUUCAAAGAUUUGUAUAGAUUUACUUUCAAGUUUGGACUUGAUGUAGAAGAUGGACAACGGUCGUUACCUACAAACAUUGCAGUCGCUCUGUGGAAGCUGAUAUUCUCCAAGGACAUGCCAGUUGUCAUAGGCAGAUGGUUUGCUUAUUUAAAUGAACGCGAAGUGAAAGGAAUAUCUCGCGAUACGUGGAAUAUGUUUUUAAACUUCACUGAAAGUAUUGCCAGUGAUUUCAGCAACUAUGAUGAUUCGGAAGCAUGGCCCAGUCUAUUUGAUGAUUUUGUCGAAUCAGAAAGAGAAAAGUCUACAAAUAUACCCAACGAUCAGGCGGAGGAAAAGCACGAGAAUGGUGUCAUCAAGGAAUUUUAAAUUCGUUCUCUUUAAAUCCUUUUAAAAAUUCUCAUAAAAAAUAAGAGUUUUAUCUGUACAUUAAGUUAUAAAUGCUAUUUUGGUGUUUCUAAUUCGACUAUCUCAUUUCCCAACCCUUCAAAAUUAAUUCCAAUUUCAUAUCCUUAAAAASAGAAAAAGAAUUAACUUAAAGAAAAGAGCUAAAAUAUUGUUAAGUUUAAGUCUUUAUUUUUUUUAGAUAAAGCUAUUCCAUUGUUAAGGAUACAGUCCGUAAAAAUAAGAGAUAUAAAGUUCUGUAAAAAAGUAGAUUUCCUAGAUGAAAAGAAAAGUGGGAAAUCACACUCUAGCAUUUGAGAUAUUGGUUGUCAUAUCAGUCACAGCGAGUGACCACUGUUUUAGUUGACAACAGACAAAACUCUUGCGUAAAGACUUUUCCAGAAGGAAAGAAAGCAUUAAAAAAUGUUACAAGAGCUAUAUACAAAUAAUGAUAGCAUUUUGGUGGGCUUGCUUUUGUUUUUGUAUAAAGGAGUCUGUCGUCAACUAAAGCAUCGGACACUUGCUUUGGGAAAAAUUUAAUGAGGCAUAUAGCCAAUAACCCCAAAACCUAUCAUAAUAACUUCCACAACAAUUUUUUGUUCACAAAUAUAGGCAAAUUAACCCAAAAUGUCUUUUCAAAUAAUUAAAAAAUUCAGGAAUUUGUUCUCAAUGACUAUACUGAAUGACUUUCCUUCAUGUCAAAAAACAAACCCAAAGAAACACUUUGAAGCAAUUUUUACAUGUUUUUUAUGGUAAUGUCUUUAAAAUUUUACUUAUUUUUUACUUAGAAGUGUCAGGAUCAUUAAAUGCUAASUUUGGUGUGUGAAUGUAGGUUAAUUCGCAGAAGCUAAGAGCUUUUAGUGUCAUUAGUUGUUUUAAGCAAACUAGGGGUGGUUACUAUUACCAGCAUCAUACCCCUCUAACUAUUUUUGAUGGAAUAUAUAUACCUUUUAAAGCUGAAGACAAAUAAAAUUUAAGGAAUAUCCCUUAACAAAAAGGAAUGGCUUUCCGUUACUAGAUAUCAAAGAGUUUCUCAAUGUAUUAUUUCUUUUAGAUUUAUGUACAUAUUUUUGCCAUAUAAUAAAAAUUAACAAGAGAAUAAAAUGCAAUAUUAAUAAUUACUCAA